UUAUAAAUUUUUUAACAAGUUGGAGACUUUUGCCAGAUUUCUGUAUGUUCAAGAACUUCAGCAUCGUUUUCACUUACAGCAGCUCUCCCAUCUACGUGCCCAUGAUAUGUUGUUCUUCAUAUCCUUAUCUAUGGUGAGGGCAUUGACAAAGUCCCUGCCUUGAACUUUUCCUCCUUUAUUGUAAUAAAUCUUCUGAAGAUCUCUAUCCGCGUAAUUUAUCGACAAAAAAUUCAAUUUGGAAGAUGACUGCUAAAAACGACAGAGGCUCCAUCUCCAUUGAUAUUGUUGGAAAACCGGUUAGGGUUCGAACAUAGGAGCUCCCCAGAUUCAAUUGUAGCUGGACUGCUUGGUUGUCCUUCUGACAACCCCUAAAACUGCACAGCUCCUUCGAUUUAAUGAUAUUUAGAACAACAUAGUUCCUAGUGAGUAAAAGGAUGUUUGGAGAUAUGUUUGCAUCUUUGAAUUGUUUUGGUUCAAUUUUCAGAAGGGAUAAACAAUCCCAAAAUAGAAAAGAAGAGCUCUCUAUCAUUAAAGGUGUUAACAUUUUCUCCUAUAAGGAUAUCAAAUUGGCAACAAGGAAUUUUCAUCCAGACAACAAGAUAGGUGCUGGCGGAUUUGGAACUGUGUACAAGGGAGUCUUGAAGGAUGGUACAGAGGUUGCAGUAAAGCAGCUUUCUGCUGAAUCGAGACAAGGUGUUCGCGAGUUUUUGACUGAGAUAGCUACAAUCUCUGCAAUCAAACAUGAACAUCUUGUCAUGCUACAUGGAUGUUGCAUAGAAGGAGAUCAUCGAAUUUUGGUGUAUGGAUACCUGGAGAAUAAUAGCAUUUCACAUGUCUUAUUUGGUUCCAGUAAUGGUGCAAUAAACCUGGAUUGGCAAACAAGGUCCAAAAUCUGCAUUGGAACUGCACGUGGUUUUGCAUAUCUUCAUGAGGAAGUUACACCUCACAUUGUGCACCGAGAUAUUAAAGCUAGCAACAUACUCCUUGAUGGGGAUCUCAAUCCUAAGAUUGCAGAUUUUGGUCUGGCUAAACUUUUUCCAGAUAAUAUAACACAUAUCAGCACACGAGUUGCCGGAACAAUUGGUUAUCUGGCUCCAGAGUACGCUAUGCGUGGACAAUUAACAAAAAAGGCAGAUGUCUAUAGCUUUGGGGUACUUGUACUUGAAAUUAUCAGUGGCAGAGGCAAUAUGAACACAAGCCUGCCAAUUGAAGAGCAAAUCCUUUUGGAAAUGACAUGGCGUUUAUAUGAGGAAAACAGAUUGCUAGAGUUGGUGGAUCCACGACUAAUGGACUACCCUGAGGAAGAAGCAUUGCGUUUCAUCAAGGUUGCUCUUUUGUGCACUCAAGCUACACCCAAAAUCAGGCCAACCAUGUCUCAAGUGGUAACAAUACUGUCAGAAGGGCAAACCCUUACUGAGACGCUUGCACGGCCUGGUUUCAUCUCAGACCUAACAGAUUUAAAAGUACGUCCAUCACAAAAGCCCUUGUCCCCGGUACAUGAUGGUGCAUCCACUUCCAAUUACUCAAGAGGUACAGCGACAUCCAUUUUUAGCAGUUCAGAUAUAUAUUCUGAGGUAUCAGCACGUUGAGGUAUGCAUGUUAUGCUGUGUCAAGCUGGCGAGCAAUUUUUUUUGAGGUUGAAGCCAUAAGAAAUCAAAUAUCUUUUUAGCUGGUGCGUGGUAUGCAUUCCACUGGGGUCAGUCAAACGGCAUUUGAAGCCCUUUUUAAAAUAACCCAAACCUUAGAUUAGUUUACUCCUUCAUAUGCUAGGGGGUUGUAUUUUAUCACAAGUAGAGUUAAUUCUUUUUCAGGGACGACUGCCUGAGCCCUGGGGAUUUGUUGUAUACUAUUCAUUCUUUGUUCUCGUUAAAGGCGGCAAUCCGAUUUGGACAGUAACUUUCUAUGUUGUACAAUUUUCAUAGUUAUAUUUCUUUGCCAUUCAAUGAGUUUUCAGCUCUGUUAUGCAGUCUAGAUGUGUAUAUGGGAUGUAGAAAUAUUGGACAAUUGCCAGUUGAGUUUUUGAGAUGGGUUACUUUUUGAGGGGGAAGAGUUACCAAGGGAUGCAAUGAGGAUUUUGUAUAUUGAUAGUGAGAAUAUCAAUGUAACACCAGAUUCUGGUGGACAAAUGUUGUGGCAAGAGUUUUUUUAUAGGAAAAACAUCUAUAUGUCAUUAUAGGUGGAAGGGCUCUUUACAAAAGAAUCAUAUGACACUGUAACUAAUUGAGGACACUAAAGAUUGUGGCCCAAGCUUUUCAUCAAGCUAAGGCUAUUGACCAUCAGACUUGACCAAAUGUUGUAUGUCUUCUUUCUUAACUAAAGAAUCGGUUUUCUUCCUUUUUC